AUGCCCCCCCGCCCCCGCCCCCCACCAGGCACCCCCCACGGCGACACCAUCGACUCCCUCCCCGCCCCGCGCCGUCCCCCCCGCGAGACCCCGCUCGCAGAGCUCCGCGCAAUGUCUCAGCCCGAAACACCCCACCCCGAAGGCCACCGCGGCCCUACCAUGAGCAGGCUCAGCACAGUAAGCAUGAACCCCGUACGCCACGGCCCCUACGACGGGGAGUCGUGGCGUGUCGGGGCAGGCCACGGCACGCCGCCGGUUGCGGCACAGCAGGGCAGAUUCGGUGUGUUGCAUCCUGGACAUGGCGGCGGCGGCGAGUCGUCGAGCAGUGGGUCCAGAGUGGCCGCGAUUGGGCAUGGGCAGAGGCAGCGCACGGGUCCGUCCCAGCACGGCGGGUUCGGUGUCCUUCAUCCCAGCGACGGCGGCGAGUCUUCAAGCAGUGGGUCGAACCGGCCGGCUGGAAAUGGGAGCCAGCACGCCGCCCCGUCGCAGCACGGCGAGUUCGGGAUGCUUCUCGGCGGGGCGCCGUCGAGCAGCAGGCCGGGAAAUAGUAGCUCGAGUGCGGCUCCAGGUCCGCCGGGCGAGUUCGGGCUCCUUGUUCCCGGUUACCAUACACCCGGCACUAUCGGCGACCGUCCGGGUCGACCUCAGCACAGCGAACUCGGCAUGCUCGCGGCCGCCCCCGCCCCCGCCCCUGCCCUCCCCGGCGCAACCAAUAGCAACCCCAACAACACUACGCGAACCCACCGGCACAACCCCUUCGCCCCCGUCGCCGGCGUGAUCACCACCAACGGCGACUGGAACGGCCCCAACAACAGCCGUAGCCGCAUCCGCCUGAACGGCGUGCACAUCUUCCUUCUGCCGCGGCGGCUGACUGUCACCGCCAACACGCGUGUCCUUGCGCCUGUGCCGCGGUGGAGAUCCGUGCUGGACGACCUGGAUGCGCAGGACCAGGAGGUCAUCACCCACCAGCCGUGGCGGACGAUGCGGGAAAGGUUCCCCAGGGGAGCGGAGGUGCAGGAGGCCGAUGGGAGCCGCCGCUGGCGUGUGGAGGAUGCGCUGGUGUUUGUGAGCAGUGAUGGCAGGGAUGUGGAGAUGUUCUUGGGUGUGACCCGCGACCCCGACCACCGCAUCACAGCGCUCGACUGGCGCAGCUUCAACGGCCAGGACCAGGCCGUCCUGGCCGCCAUCUGGACGCUCACGCCGCGAGCCGUUCUCCACUUGGCCGCGCCGAGCUACCACUCGUUCGGCGACGCCUCGGACGCCACGGACAUCGACCCGCUGCAUCCCGAGCCCGGCCGUCACCCGGCGUGUCCGUGCUGCACGCGCCGCGAGGCCAGGCUGGUCUUUGCCUGUGGGCACCGCAUGUGUCGCUCUUGUGUACUCGGGACGUGGUGGGCGGCGAUCACGAGGCCGCAUCACUGGCCGACGUUCUUGAGGUGUGCGUUUUGUCGCGCGGAGGUGGGCGGUGUGGGGGGUGUCAGUCUGGUGGUGUGGGUGCUGGGGGAGAGUCGCAAGGCGAGGAUUAAGUUGUGGGCGGAGGAGGUGGAGGCGGUGCAGCUGGAGGAGAUGAGGCCGUUUUUGAGGGGGAUGAAACGUCGGUUCGAGAAAAAGGAGGGGAAGGCGCCUGCGCCGCGUGAAUAG